AUGCCCAAGACAACCAAUACUCACCGUCAACCUCGCCGAGGUCCAAUCCGGGCUGCGCCUCCCCUCUCACCACCAGCAAGUCAGAAUAUAAACAACACAAUCCCGAGUAUAUCUACUACCGCUGCUGGUUCUCAGCUAGGCACAUCCACGACGAGAAAUAUAGACCAUGGGGACGUUGAAGGUGCAAAACUCCUCAAGCAAGCAGAGGCACUUGCAAACAUGAGUGUUGAAGUGAAUCUCCGCGCUCUCUCGACACUUGCAUACAAACUCCAUGAUGUCGUCAAGAAACUUGUGCUGCGAACUUCUGAUGAUCAAGACUUCAGACGUAAGAACGAAGAAAGAAUGACUAGAAUAAUGUACGAAAUUCAGACGGUCAAGUCGUUUAUGGCUCCACUGCAAGGCCAGCCGCCAGCCACCCGAGCCGAUAUCGACAGAUUACAGCAGGAGAUGAGAGAAACCUCAAGCAAGUGGCACAAUCAAGUCGAAGAUAUAGAGGUCAAAAUGGAUGCGCUCUCGAGGGGGACGAGACAGCCGCCAAGACCAGUUGUCACGAAGACGGCCAACUCAGAUCCGAUUACACCUGAUACUACGGGUAGAGAGACACGUACGAUGAAGAAAGCAAAGGCAGAGGCCCAACCAAGCAUUCCAAAACAACAAACUUCCUCCCGUUUGUCAACUCCCGAGUCACGCAUUCAAGAAGCUAUUGAAUCCACAAAACGAUGGAAUCGCGAGCAUAAGACCACGGGGGUGAGAGACAGUCGUUUCAUCGUUUCAUAUUUUAGGAAGCAGACACAACGAGAUCCCGAGCUAGGUGGAAUACUCCAACGAACACUUCAGAGACGUGUGGCACACAGGGCCAAGGUUAGAUUUGAUUCUCAAAGCCUGGAAGAGCUCAACCGUCAUGCCAUAUGGUCAGAUGUUAUAAAUACGGCAACAGAAGUUCUAGUUGUCAACGCAAAAAAGACUGCGCAGUUAUUGAGUUGA